GCUCUGUGUCUCGAAAGGGAGGUAGGAGCUAAAGCGGCCUAAGGACCUCGAGGUCGCACAGAGGAAAAAUAGAAAGAAAUGAAUUAAGGGUCGCAGCAAUGAGUGAAAUAUUAGAAAAAAAAGUUGACACAAAAACUUCUUUAGGCAAUUAUUCUAAUUUAAACAAACCUGAAGCAGAAAAUCAAACAGAAAUUGGUGAAUUUGGAACAAGCCAACAGACGACCGACGGCGACGAAUCUACAACGAAAUUAUCAAAAAGCAAAUUAAAGAAAUUACGAAAGCUUCAAAAAUGGGAAGAAAAUAAAAGUCUUAAAAGGAAAAAGGAGAAGGAAAAGAAGCGAGCCAAAAGGGAAGCCAUGAAAGAUGCUGGUCUCACUGUUCCAAAGAAAAGAAAAAUUAAUAUGGACCAUCCUGACGCAAGUUCUGUCAGAGUUGCUUUAGAUUUAAGUUUCAACCAGUUGAUGAGUGAAAAGGAUAGAAGGAAAGUUGUUAAGCAAGUGCUUCGAAGCUACUCUGUAAACCGAACUGCCGCCCAUCCUCUGCAGUUGUAUCUAACAAAUUUCGAUGACAGUAACAAAGAACUUUUUGGUACAUUUUCAACCGGAUAUAAAGCUUGGGACGUACACAUCGUGGAAGAGAGCCAUUUAGAAAAGUUUUCCAAGGACGAACUGGUUUAUCUUUCAUCAGAUUCCUCAAAUAUUUUACAAGAGCUAAACGAUACUAAAGUGUACGUCAUUGGUGGCAUCGUGGAUCACAAUGCUCACAAGGGGAUGUGCUUUGGACUCGCUGAAAAGGCUGGUAUAGGCCAUGCCAGGCUUCCGAUCGAUGAAUACAUCAAACUAGAGGGACGAAAAGUUUUACCAGUCAAUCAUGUCUUCGAAAUUCUUCUUCAUUUUGCGGAGCAUUCCGAUUGGAAGGAGGCUUUUUAUCACGUGAUACCAAAACGAAAAGGACUGACGUCAUAUCAGAAUUCGCUGAGUAAUGCUUCAGAAGACGAAUGUGGAAGUGAAAAAUCAGUUGAAGUGAAUUGCUUGGAUUCUCCUCACAAUGCAAAACAAGACGAGACGAAACAGGAAGAUACAUGAGGCAGUAAAGUUUCAUGCUGGCCCACUUACAUAAAAAAGAAAGAAAAAUUCGUAGAGGAAAAUCCGGUCUCGACCAAAGAAAAGGGGCCAGAAGUCAACGUAUGACAAAGUUCUGGGCUACUUUCCCAUUUUGUUCCAAAGCCUUGCCCGAAUAUCGACAAUCUUGUUACCGAUUGGCUGUUAAUUUUGAUAAUUACCAUCUCAGCCCUUGCAUCGCAUCCUUAUGGUACGUAUUUGAAAAAAUGUGCCAUCAAAAUGCACCAUGAGUAAAAUUUGCAUUAUUUUGUUAUUCAAUAAGGCCCUUUUUUGUUUUUUGAAGUGUUUUUUGUAUAAAAGUGCCUGUAUAUGCUGCUUAUAAUUUCGAUGUUUGUGCAAGACGCUUAUGACUCCGUUUACACAAGAGGAACUAUGCGUUCCUGGUCAAAUGCGAAAUGGAUUUAAAUAUGACAAAUUUCAUCAAAGUUUAGUGUUGGUCGAAAUUUAUAUCAACUUUUUUGCAAUAAUCAUCUCUUACGUUGAAAGAAAAAUUCUUUAAGAAAAAUAUGAAUUCUUUAUAGCUCCAUAAAGAUAAUUUCUAAAACUAUCCUACUUGGUUUGGAAAUUUUAUCGGUUUGCAUCUUGUGAAUUUUCAGUUUCUGUCUAUUGAAACAUUUGAUCGUCCAACGGCUGUGCCAACAUUUAGUGCCAAGGGGGCGAAGAGGUGCAAUUACCCCCAUGUUUUAAGAAUAUUUCUCUAAAAAAUGAGUGAAAAAAAUUUGGUAGGAAAUAUUUUUCAAAUUCACUCGAGUUUAAAAGAACGUGGCACAACUUUUGCAAAAAGGGUUUAUCGCUAAUAUAAAAAAGCAUGGUCUAAAAUGAAUCUUUUCAUGAUAUUGCAUUCCUGAAUGGCGUGACUGUAAAAUUUCAUUAAAUAAACUUGGCCUACCCUUGAUGCCAGAACUGAAACCCAAAGGAACCUAACCUCGACUUGAAAUAGAGACGAGACUGUUUUGUAAUAGGUUUGUUUUCGUAUUUUGAUUAGCGAAAAUUCUACCCCAUUUCAUGACAUUCUUGUGUCAUUCUAAAACUUUUCAAUUAUGGAGCAUGUUACUAUUUUUUCUAUAAGCUAAAUCGAUUAGUUAGUUUUCAUUAGAAUUCCAUUCGAAAUUCAGAAGGACUGCGCAGAUCGUGAAAGCCAUGGUCGCUGCGGUGGAUGUUUUUUGCACGAGGCGUGGAAACAGGCCGCAAGGCACCUGGAAACAGGCCGCAAGACACCAGUCCUCUUCUACACUGAAGCCAUUGUUUGAUAUGGGUAUUUGAUUCCUCAUUUCGACCCAUUGGCCGAGAAAAUAUAUACCCACUUUUGUGAUUUGUUUCUCAACAGCUGCUCUGCAAUGUUAGAUAUAUGCCUGGAAUUUCAAUUAAAACUAUUUUAAGAUGUCUAUGUUUGAACUGAAAUAGUGCUAAUAACAACCUUAUAAAUUAGUUCUGUAUCAGGUAACUGAUACCCGUGUGAGCAUUGGCCGGGUUUAAUUUGCUUCGGAAUUUUUCUCAAACCGUGCUCUAUGCAUCAACAAUUCAGGGAAAAGUCUUGGGAAUUUAUCAAGAGGAAAGAUGAAGAUCAAGUAUCGUGAAUUGUUCAGAAUUCAAUUUAAUCUCUCUACAUGACAUAACAUUAAUUUAGUCAUCCUACAUUUUAAUAUACUGAGCAUUCAAUCAUAAUUUCAUGAUACCUUGCAACGCUUAUGAAAAAUCUGUGUAUCUAGAAGGAACUUCGGAACCGGGGUCUAUCAGAGGCAUAUAUCCCCCACAUCUUUUCUAUGACGUUUGCAUCCUUGAAAAAGAUUCCUUUCUCAACAAAAUGAUGACCCCUUCUACCUGUGCCACUCAGAUAUGUUUCCGACCUUUCUGAUCUCUAGUUCGCUCUUUCGUUGUUGCUCCUUCGUUGUAGACGUCCGAAAAUGCAGCUCAUGAAUAAAUCCCAGAGCUAAGACAAGAAGCAAGACAUUUUCAAUUUAACAUUUUCGAAAAGCAAUAAACCUGGCAGUACCCCCAUUUUUGUCGUUAGUACGCUUAUGAGUGUCUCUUAGGAGCGAAAACGUAAAGCUGAAGGGCAUUGAUAGGAAAGAAAAGAGAGCACCUCCAUUCACUUCUCCUCUCAUCUCCUCUUAACUUUCCCACUCUUGCAUUUUGGGGGCGAUGCGACUGGGGCAGCGUCUGGGGUAGCAGGGGGGAAUCUUCUUAUGAUUUUCAAAAAUCUGUUAUUGCCAAUAACUAUGUCAAGACUCCCCAGGAAUUCAAAAAUCCAAAAGGAAAUUUUACUACAUCCCCCCCCUCCUCCUCUAGCAAAAAUAUCCACACCACGCUCAUGGCCUACAUAGAAUGAUGUUUGACCAAACGAAUUCAUCCUAAAUAAUCGAGCUUCUUAAUACUCUGUCGAAAGCCACUUGUAGACCCUAGAACUCUUUUACAUCGAAGUCGCUUCAAGUCACACUUCUGGCUAAAGUCACAAAAAAUUUAGACCCAAAUAUGCAAAACUCUUCUAUCUAGCAUAUUUCAUAUUUCCUAUAUUCAUACUUUUUUCAUAUUUCAUUUCUGAGUUACCCUUCAACAAAGUUGAUUCACAAGGGGCCCUAACUAAAAAAUAACAAUUACAAUUAAUAACACUUUAAAAAACCAUAAUUAUAAAACCCUAUUUAUAGCAGUAUACAUAUUUACAUAAAAUAAUAUACAAGAGUUAUAAUAGAAAUAAAAACAAAUAUCCACUAAAUAGAAUGUUUAAAACUACUCAGUGUUGAUGCCUGUUUACACUCGGCUGAGAGGCUAUUCCACAGUUUUGCCCCUCUAUAAGAAACAUCGUUAACAGUCGCACUCCGUUCACAGUCACAAGUCUUCAAGCAUCAUUUGGUGCGACACUAACCGGAGUCUCGCGCAUAACCCUUUGCCUCUUGUUUUCUGUUCUGAUGUUGAAACAAUGCAGCAUGAUACAGCAAUGUGGCACAACCAUCUUACAGCAAACUGCGUUACGUAGUCAUCCUUUUUUUUACCUUAUAUGGUCAUUUUUCAUCGGUGCUGAAAGUUUUGAUUCAACAGGGCAGAAAUAUAUCCAUUACAAUACCAGCUCGUGAAGCGUAGGAGGCAAUCUUAAAAACAAAUAAUUAAAUGGGAUAGCUUGCGUUUACUUGCGAGAAGAUGUGGCAUUAUGCCAAAGAAGUUGCAUUGUCCAGCAGUGGCGUAGCUAGCCAAAUAGCAGUGGUAAUGCCCUCCCCUCAAAUUUGAAGAAAUAUGGGUAUGGCCAAUUUAUGCCACGCCCAAUUUUUGAGUUGAUGGUUCCCUUUGGAAAUUUUAAUUUUAAAGCUUUUAACUUAUAAAAAAAAUGUUUGAUGAACCUUUGGAAUGAGCUUUUCUUAUUAUAUAGCAAUCAUCUUGUUACACAAUGAAAUGUCCUUUGUGUCUUAAAGCUGUGACACUGUUUUGGUUUGUUGGUAAUUUAUACAGACAGAGUUCUGACAAUUUCCAAACAGAACUGUAAAACAUUUAGUUUAGCAUAGUAAAGAUAGGCAAGGGGCCUAUCACUCUUUCUAAACAGCGCACGAGAUUUUUACUAUAAUUGAAUUUUUAGGAAUUUAAGAAGAUUUUGUCAAAGGUGUGCGAGAUUUUCAUGGUGUGAUGUUCCCGUCGAAAACAAGCAAAGUGAAGAAAAAUUGAACCUUUCCUCCACUCAACUGAGAACGGCCCUCAACCAUCCAUUGUCCCUGUAAUGUCCCUGUGACCAAACUUUCACCCAGAGUGGGGAGAGUCGCCAGCUCUCUGUAAUUCCAGGCGUAGGAAUCACGAGGUGUGGUCACAUCGAGAGGAAGGACCAGGAUACUGCUCGAUAAGCAUAGCUUCUCAGUGUCCUAAAAACUACCUUCGGAUGCUAGGUAGCAACAAAUACAAAUACGAAUGAACUUUUGUUGCGUUGAUUGUGAAACUGAACCUUUUAAGGGAAGAUCGCCAUUAGGGGAAAAUUUUGAUGAUUCAAGCUUUAAAAAGAAGAAAAGAGAAUGCGUGGAAUGGAAAAAUUCGGAAAUGGUUAAUUGAUUCCACGACACUCCUCAAAAACUUUUAAUAUUUUCACAAAUACCUAUUUUCACAAAUACCUCAAUAGGCCUUACCGACGUCGUAGGAAUAACUUUUCAAUACGUAACAAUACGACGAGCAGCUAAUAGGAUUAAUAAACAAUAGGGCGUUUGUGUUGACAAAACAUUACGAAAUAUUUUUAAAAAUCAGGCGAAAGCCAGAUGCUCCGGUUGGUUCUAUUGUUCUUGAAAUGCGUCAUCAAAGGUGGCUUGUCCGCCCUGGCAAGUUUAUCGGCUUCAAGCUCGCGGAGUGAUUGUUCAAUAGCCGCCAAUCGGAUGAGCCGCAGAUGGGCCGUGCCCUUUACCGUCUGUUGCUAAAACAUUGGAAUAAACUCUUGGCAAACAUUUUUUGAACAACUAUUCCGGUCAUGUGCUUGCGUUUUUCUGAUUGGCCCAUUUCGAUCCAUAAAUGGGUAUAUAUUUUCUAUCAUGUUCUUUCGGACCUUUAUUCUGACGUUUUAUACUCUAAGGCGUGUCAGACGAAAAAGCUUUCAGUAGUAUGAUGUGAAAUGUUUGCUUUUUUCAAAGCGAUUUACAUUAGAUUAUUUUCGGAAUUUCAUAAGAGGGGCGAUAAAUUUCGAUUUACCGACAAUAUUUAAUGUUUCGUAACUUUAAAUGUUUCGUAAUUUUUUUAACAUAGCAUAACAACAUCAGAACUGAAAUAAAGAAUCUUCUGAUUUAUUUAGAUAAACUGAUGCUUUAAAUUUAAUUCGGCUUUAAAUCUUUAUUUUCAGCAUGUAACACAAAGAUAAUUAAUAGACAACCAUGUUUUCCUACAAAGAUCGGGCUUCUUCCUACAAAGUAGCAGUUUUAAAAGGGGUUUUUCGCCCCCUCUGACCCCGCUCAGUCUGCACCACAAGCGAGAAACGAUCUCGUAGGUCUUUGAGCAGGGCCACUGAGGCCGGAGCCGAAUGACCAUUAAGGGCAGCGAACCGCUUCUUUGUGUAGUGUGUUGCUAUCAGCGAUCUACGAUCUAUUGAAUUUGCGGGAGUGUGUUGCCAGUGGAUUUCCAUAAUAGGCACGGAUUAGACGUGACAUAAACUGGUGAUCAAAAUAGGACAUUACGUCGAUUUACGGGUCCGCUGCCCACGAGUUAUCAGAGGGACCAGAGUAUUUAUGCUUGCGUCAUAACAUUUCACGUUAUAAAGCAGAAAAGAAUUUUAUAAACGACUGGUUGUCGGCUGUUUACAAUUUUGCGAGAGGUUUAAAAGAGAACAGGACUCUUGGCCUUGAUAUUUUCAUCUGGUUGAAUACCUGGAUUUUUAUAUAUAUACUGCGACAUUGUCUGCCCUGGAAGAGAUAUUGAAUUUUUAUGAAUGACUGCUGAUCAAGACAAAGCUAAUCAAAAGACUAAAGACCUUCUCAAGGCAGCUAUACUAAUGAAGGCAACAUCUUUCUCCGAAGAUUCAUACUCCUUCCCAAAACAUGAAGCAAUGUCGAUCAGCUUUAGAGACGAUAGCGAAGAGAUGGACAGUGAUCAAAAAAGUACAGAGGAGGAGCAACGAUACCGAAAAAAGAAAGAGUUGAACAGGUUGGCUGCACAAAGAAGCCGAGAGAGGCGGAGGCAGCUAAUAAAACAGUUGGAGCAGGAAGUCAAAGAGCUUGAAAGCUGCAACGAUUCAAUGACAACAGAAAUUGCGAGCAUGCGCAGUGAGAUCAAGCAGUUGGAUUUCAUGUUGCAGAGUCACUCGUGCAAGAUGACGCAAUGAUAUUCGUAUGUUUUGGGACAUUUUCGGAGCAUGUCAGUCCAUUCAGAGUUAGAUCAUGUUUGAGUACAUAGUCACAAUAAUGACGUUUUAACUACAGACAUCCAACUUUAAUGCCAUCAUCAAAAGAAGUUGAUACAACAUUCCAAGCAGAAAUGAGAUUUCAGUACAUGCUUAUCAUUUUCCCAAAAACAAUUCUUGAAUCUGCAGACGUCAAUUUUGACGAAACGUUAAAUACUGUUCAGAGUUCAGAUUUUUCCCCAACUACUUCAUGUUAGAGGAGAGUUUACACAAGAAAGUCUAAUGAUGAUUUCAACUGGAAUUUGUGCCAUGAUAGCAUUCAACAAUCCGCAUUGCAUAGAGAUAGUGUAUUUAAACUGAAAAUUUGUAUUUAAAUUUAUGCCCAGAUUUACUGUUGUAAUGUAUGCGACCAGUAAUGUAUGCCACUAAGAGCUUUGAAUUUCCAGCACUGUUCAAAUUGAAAGACCCCUCUAUAUCACCCUCUUGAAUAAACGAUCCGUCUUAAGCGAAAAAAUGGACAAUUAUAUUGCUUUAAGUUUGUUAUCCAACAAAGUGUCUACUCCAGUCAGUAUUUCAGUCCCUCUUAUACAAAGAGAAAUGAAUGACACAUUUGAGCAACCCAUCCUCCUGUAACAAUCAGGGUUCUUCUUAUGACGGUGAAUAACCGGUGUAUAACUAGCCCGUUGGUGGAACGAUGGGCUAGGCCAAAGGGCCUAGGCCCUGAAUAAGUAGCACACAAAAGAUACUCGUUCUUUGAUGUUUUCUCAAAUGAUCCAACAGAAAGACUAACUUAUAUCGUGAUCAACAUAUACUAGUAACAUAAAUAGAAGCACAAACACAUUGCCAUAAAAAGGCACUCACUAACACAACAGGACUUAACUCAUAUUCAAUGUUGCUACUUUUAAGCCAAGUUUCUGGUGUAGUUCCCUAAACAUAUGCGAAGCGUUGAGUAUUUAACUUAAAAGCAAUCGACAGAUAUUAAAUAGCUUUAACCAUCUGUCAAUCAUGAUUUGACCAAUCAAUGAGUGUGAUACUACUUGCGCGUUUGUUGAUUGGCUAAUGUUGAUAGACAAUUGAAUCGAGCCACUUUAGUGUCAGUCGAUUGCUUUUACAAUAAGCAGUCUCUAAACGACUGUAUCAGUCUUGUUUUGGAAAUAUUUAUUUCUGUUUUGUUGAUUUAUGCAGUACCAGCCCUUAAAAUGACAUAAAUUACUGUACUGUCGCAAAGCUCGAAAACUUACUGUAAAUUAAAAUGCUUUUUGUAAGUCAAAGUAUUUAACUUCUGUGUAAACCUGAAACAAAAGUAGUUAAAAAGUGACUCGAUUUUAUUUUAUCAAAGUUAAUAGUUGCAAAUAUGAAUGACUUGUGUUUUAAUAAAGAAAGAUAAUAUAUUUAAUUAGCAAAAAUGUGGCUACUUUAUUUACAUGCUUGUAAAGUUUGAAAGAUAAACUAGAAUAGUGGUCUUUUCUUUUA